CACUGGCAUCCCCCUCUCUCCCUCUCCCCACCACACCACCUCCCUCCUCACAAGCCAUAGCCGCCGCCUCUUUCUGUGCUUGCCCUCUCGCCAUCUUCGAGUACGACGAGAAGGCGGUGAUGGAGCUGGACGAGCAGGCCUUCCUGGAGGAGAUCCUCUCCCUGCGGAGGGACGCCUGGGACUGCAAUGCCAUGGGGGACUUCUUCGCCCCGGCCGCCAUGGACUGCACCUUCCAGGACCGCCACCACCAGGCGCCCACCGUCAGCGUCCUCCCCACCUUCACCGCCUCCUACGCCCAGCCGCAGCCGCAGCCGGCGGCGGCGCCCGGCUUCGACUGCCUCAGCGAGGUCUACGGCGCCGCCGCGUUCGGCGGGCCCAAUGCUGGUGACUACGGCGGCGAGAUGGGGUUCCUUGACGUCGUCGAGCCCAAGGCGGCGUCGGCGGCACUGGUGGACGGCGCCGCGGGCCUCGGGGCCUGCAAGGUGGAGCCCGGCCUGGCGGAGAGCGGCGGCGCGUUCGGCGCUGGCGCUGGCGCUGCGCCGCCGCCGGCCCUGGCGUCCAAGAAGAAGAGGGUCGAGGGGAUGCCGUCCAAGAACCUGAUGGCCGAGCGCCGCCGCCGCAAGCGCCUCAACGACCGCCUCUCCAUGCUACGCUCCGUCGUGCCCAAGAUCAGCAAGAUGGACCGGACGUCGAUCCUGGGCGACACGAUCGACUACAUGAAGGAGCUGCUGGAGAGGAUCAAGCUGCUGCAGGAAGAGAUCGGGCAGCAGCAGGAGGAGGCGCCAGGCAUGCUCAGCGUCUUCCGGGAGCUCAACCCCAACGAGAUGGUGGCCAGGAACACCCCCAAGUUCGACGUGGAGCGGAAGGAGGGCGGCGACACCCGGGUGGAGAUCUACUGCGCCGCCAAGCCGGGGCUGCUGCUGUCCACGGUGAGCACGCUGGACACGCUAGGGCUCGACAUCCAGCAGUGCGUCGUCAGCUGCUUCAACGACUUCGGCAUGCACGCCUCCUGCUCCGAGAUGCAGAGGGAAAUGAUCAGCGCCGACGCGAUAAAGCAGGAGCUGUUCAAGAACGCUGGCUAUGGCGGAGGCUGCUUGUAGAGGGGCAUGUCAUCAUGGCAUGGGAGGAAGAAGAAGAAGAGGCAGCAAUAAAUUAAUCUUAAGCAGCUGUGGGAGCAGCAGUAGUAGUAUCAGUUCAGGUCCAGUAGCGGAAAAGGCAGGCAGGGCAAAGAUUUGGGAGGCCUUUUUGCAAUCCAUCUCCCCCAUCAUAACCCACUUCGAUCUAUCCAUGUUAGCAGUACGUGUCCGUCCGUCCUAUAGCAUCAUGCAGGAUGCAAAGGUUGCCCUGUGCUGCUGAAUCUUUCUCCUAUAUACUAUUCUAUUUAAUUAACAAGAGC